AUGGGAUCCUCAAGUUCCAAAGUCGCAGGCAGAGCCGCCGGAGCAGCUCGUCGCCAGUACCCCUCAACCUCUUCCAUCACGCAGAAUGAACCGUCCACAUCCAAUGCACCUCCACAAGCCAAACCCAAACCCUCUGCUCCGGCACAAGUCCAGCCCAGUCCGCAAACCUCGCCUCCUGUAGACACUAGGUCUGAUCUUAUUGACCUGGACGGCCGAGAUCCUCAAUUCGACUCGGCACUCCGCAAUCUCGGUCCUGCCCAACCCCCAUCGUUAAUGCAAGAUCGCGGUCGUCCGGCCGAAGAGGCAUUUCCUACGUCCACCCAACCUAUGCAGCACGGGCGGAAUAUCUUCCCUACGUCUGCGCCCAAUCCCGCCCUCAUACUCGUCGAGUCACGCCAGAGGAUCACCAGGCGCUGGGAGUCGGAAUUGGACGAUCAAGGAAGACGGGGCUUCGCUGGCAGGACGCUCGUCAGUGCGAGGGAGAUCAAAGAAGCGUUGGUUAUGCGAGAUGAAAAGGGGAAGCCGUCUAGUGAGGUUGAAAAGCAGCUGGCAUUGAAGCCGGGUAUCUUGGACCAGUUGGUGCCCAAAAGAGUUAUCGCGAAUGCUUGA